UCCCCUCUUGGAUCCUCAUCACAGUAAAGAUAGGCACCCUUUUAACAUUUUCUGGGAAAUAAGAGAAAAUAAUUGUUGUAUUAACACUGGAAUCAUGUUACAAUUAACUUUGAUGUGUCUCAUAUUGAAUAUCUUUAAAGAGUCAAGUGGGGACAUUGUUGUCACUCAGACCCCGGCCUCUUUGCAGAAAAAUCCUGGAGACAGAGUCGACAUUCAGUGCAAGACUUCCUCUACAGUCAGCACUUACAUGAACUUUUACAAGUUGAUACCAGGACAAAAACCCAAGCUACUGAUUUAUUAUGUUACCAGCCGUUUUGAAGGAACCCCAGAUCGCUUCAGUGGAAGUGGAAGUGGCACUGACUUCACUUUCACUAUCAGUGUUGUGUGUCCUGAUGAUGAAGGGGAGUAUUACUGUGGCCAAGGCUAUGACUACCCUCUCACUUUUGGAGCGCCAACCAAGUUAAUAGUGAAACAGAGAGAUGAUGCCGCCCCUUCGGCAUCCAUUUUUCCACCCUCGCAGGAGCAACUUAAAACCAACUCAGCGACUAUGGCAUGUCUGGUCACUGGCUUCUAUCCGAGUGAUCUGAACGUGGCCUGGAAAGCAGACGGCAAAGCUGUCACUGGGGAUGUUCAAACCAGUUCAGCGGCAAGUGAAGCGGACAAGACCUACAAACUGAGCAGCACCCUGACACUCUCCAGAGAUGAAUAUAAUUCUCAUGACACAUAUGAUUGUGAAGUGACACACAAAACGUUAACCAAGCCUCUUGUAAAGAGCUUCAGGCGAUCUGAGUGUCCUUCAUAGGACAUGAUGCAUAAAAUCCUCCGCAAUGCAAUGUAACUUCCAUUUUCUCACUAGAUCCAUUUUCGGCUAUAAAACAACUGUAGUAGACGUUUUCUCCCAGUAUAAUGCAUGAAUGAAAUAUUUCAUGUUCUUUUCGUAUUUCAUAAUCUUCAAGAGUUCAUAUUCUGUUCUUUCACUGUAAUACAUGAUCUAACAUCAUCCCUUUCUUUUCCCUGUGUUAUUAGUGAAAAAUGACACAAAUUUAUUAAUAAAGGCAUUUGUUUUAAAAACCA